GGGAACGAAACCAGCCGGGCCAUCCGGAACGGUUCCGCCUUCCAAAAACUCGGUUGCUGCACUGGUACGCCGUUUGCCGCUCUUCCUCCUCAACCACGCACUGCAGCCGCUCGCUUUAGUGCUCUUCUUAGCGUGUGUGCACCACUGCUAUGCCUACUGCAGUGUUGCUCCUUGGCGUCCACGAGUGACAGUCGCCGCAGUGUAGGAUCCGCGCCGCUUUCUUUCGGCAACCCAGCCGCAGCAUCGACGCCACCUGAAAGAGGGCUCCCAACGUCGUCGAAUUCACCUCUGGCCUCGAGACGAAAAAAAGUGUGUUAUUGCGAUCACACAAUGCCCGAGGCCAUGUAAGAGCGUUUCCUGCCACGCGCUCUCACCCCGACGUAGCAUUCUGGAGCCGACGGAGACCGCAUCCGAAAGCUGGAGGAAGAAAAAAUCCCGCGAACGGCGGUGCGUUUGUCCUUGAACGAGUACGAUAGUUUCCUGGUCGUUAGCAUAGCGUUCCCUUCGGAGAGCCGUUCUCCGCCGAAAGGGAUUGUCUGAUUGGUCGCGGUCUUCAUUACGUUGGGCAGGGGGAUUUGGUGUGUGUGUUUUUACGUGCGCUACGUGAGUUUGAUCAUCAGAAGUGGACUUGGGUCCGGCGUGCGAGUAAGCAAGCUCUUAGUUCGGCAAAACCACUCGCCACUUGUCUCUGCAUUUCUACCAACAGCAGCGGAUCGCCAACUGAGAUGGACAACAUGACCACCGAGCCGCUGUACACCGACUUUCUCAGCGUCUACCUGCACCUACCUCAGGACCCGCGGACGAAAGACUGGAUAAUGGUGAAGUACCCUUCCAUCGUGCUCUGGAGCGUCGGCCUCUACCUCUACUUCGUCAAGGUGUGGGGUCCACGCUACAUGAAAGGCCGUGAGCCAUUCAACCUGCGCUACGUUAUUCUAGUAUACAACGCCUUCAUGGUCGCAUGCAGCGCGUGGUUCCUAGUCGCAAUCCUGCGGCUAACGUACAUCGGCGGCGGCUACAGUCUUUUCUGCCAGGGCCUCGACUUUUCCACCGCCCCGAAGGCCGUCGAGUUGCUCGACAUCUACUGGUGGCUGCGCAUUCUACGGUUGCUCGACUUUCUGGACACGAUCUUCUUUGUGCUCCGCAAGAAGUUCAACCAGGUGUCGACGCUUCACGUCGUCCACCACUCGCUGGUCGUGCUCGACUGCUGGUUUUGGACCCGAAUAGGCACCGAUGGCCACAUCUCUUUCAUCAUAGCGCUCAACACGUUCGUGCACGUGGUAAUGUACACCUACUAUUUUCUCUCGUCCAUCGGACCCAAGGCGCAGAAGUACCUCUGGUGGAAGCGUUACCUGACCCUGCUUCAGAUCACGCAGUUCAUUGUGGCCAUGGUGCACGGCUCCAUACCACUUUUCUACGACUGCGGAUACCCCAAGCUGUACGUGUACCUUGCCAUGCCUCAGGGAGCACUGUUUCUCUACCUGUUCUUCCAGUUUUACUUCAAGGUCUACAUCCGCAGCUCUAGGAAGGGCUUCCAAACGGUCUGCAACGCGCAGGGAAGUUUAGGCUUGUCCGAGUCUAAGACGACAAAAGUCCAGUAGAAGUUUUUUAAAGAAAUUCGCCACCAGGGAAUUCAUUAUCAUUGCUUUUCUUUUCUUCAAUACCUUAAUUUGAGUGGAGUGUAUGAUGUAAACAUUGCAUAGGAAAAAAAUACCUUGUUGACCUUGUGUGCGCUAGUAGUGAUGACAGUUGGAAAAGGACGACGAACUUUAACUAGCCCUCUUGUAGAGCUGGUCACAACGUUGUUUGUCUUAGCUGAUAAUGUCUGUUGUAGGAUGAAAGUGGGAACACACGUUGUUGGCAUUGUUUGUGUCAAGUGAUGCUGGUGACUACUUCUGAGAUUGCCUGAACUGAACUUUUCACCUUAUUAUUUUCCCUGGCCAUUUUUCUGGCGUCACAUUUUGCAUUUGGCCUGCGCUUUGUCGUGUCGACGUACUACAACAUGGUGAUCUGAUGUCACUAGUAUUGUGCAUGUGAAAUGGAAAAAAAAAGAAAAAGAAAAGAAGAAACCAAUAAAUGCCCCCAUCGCUCGA